AUGACGAAGACAAACUUACUGCUAGUUGUUGUGGAACGGGGACCUUGGCACUUUAAAGACAGUUGCAAGGUACCGCCCGACACCGAACCAGUCGCAACUACGAACUCCACGACCAGCCGGGAGCCGUGCCACAAGUUAGAGUUGGGCCAGCUACCGCGACGACGGCUUGAAGACUGUUUCACUUACCACGAAAAGGAAAAGAAUAUCACGGCUUGUGGAAUCGGUGCCAUAACUCGCGUUGAUCUACGGGCCUUCGUGUCUACUGCGAUUACAUUAUUAAUCACAACAAUAUUGUUACGAUAA